AUGCAAUGCGCGGCGAAAGCUACUGAGAAGGCAGCUUCGUGUGUCAACGCAGCUUCUCUUGACGAUGCCCAGCCACUCGCGGCAGAAGGUGCUUCGUCUACUGCUGCUUCAACUCUUCCUGCAGCAACAGUUGCUGCAAAGGCACGUAGUGUGUCACCACGUGCCAAUGCUGAUAAAGGUUGCCAAGUGGAACUCAUCUGUUCGGAGGAGUCGAGCGGUGGAUGUAACGGGGCACCCUGA